AACCACCAAACAGUGUCAAGGCUCAUGCUCAGAAUCAUCUCUACAUCUCGGCGGUGACGAAGAUCAUCAGUUUACCCACAAAACGCCCGCCAACAUGACCACCCCAUCGGCUUCGUCGAGCGCGAUGCCAAACAAGGUCCACACGUCUCCAGCCAAGUCGACAGUGGGCCGCACAUAUGAUGCAAAGCUCGUCUCACGCGAAAUGCACCGACUCGGCACACUUGUCACACCCGCAUCCUCCACACUCACCCUGCCAACUGCCGCACCCUCACUCUCCAUAUCGCAUUCAAUGUCGGGUGUCUCAGCGGGUGCCUCGCCCGGCGCAAGCUCGAUGAAUACCAACGGCGGCUCCUCGGGGGUUGGUGUGUCUGGCCUCAGCCCAGGUAUGGUCGUCGCCGCCGCGGAGAAGGACAAUGCAUGGGGGACACUGCACGUGCAUGUACUACCGCUCUUCAACGACCUCCCAUUGCGCGUACCCAUAGAAGACCUUAAUGCCCUCGUUAGCCGGCACAUCCAAACAGUCAUCUCCGCCUCACCGCCCAAGGCGCUCUCUGUCCUCGAGUCAGAUACUCGGGAGCUCAUAGGCGCUGGGAUGGUCACGCUCAAUGCCAAGCUAGUCAACCUCGAUGACCAACUUAUCACCCUGCGAGUUGUAGAGAUGUGGGAGUUCUUCUGGGACCAGAUCUUACCAUACAUCGAGGCCGUUCUGUUACCGCUACAAAACGACAAACUACUAUCUUCCCUUCGCCACAAGCAACCCGUCCGUGAACAUGGGCUACCCACGCUCACUCACACGCAAACGUGCUCGUGGAUCCACAUUCGCGACAUUGCCCUCCGUGCUUUGCGCGAUCGAGUUAUCCUUCCUCUUCAGAAUCGGCUACGUCUUCGCCUCGAGGCUCCUUGGACUAAAGAUACCUGGAUCCGCCUUGGAGAGUCGGGCCAGCGGCGAUACCAGCAAAUGUUGCUUGUCCUCUCCUCGCAGAAAAACCGUAUCCCAGCCACCAGUCUCGCACUCCAUGCUCCCCGACAAGAGCCUACGGCAGGCGAGGCUGCCAUCUCGGAGCUUCUGGCCGCCUUCCGGCUGAAUCGCCCGACGAUGCUUCCACACGCGUUUAACUAUGGCCAUUCCGCUUCCAAAUCGCUCAACACCCUCGGCUCUAUGGGGAGCGCUGGCUCUCGCCGCGCCAACACGCCAUCGUUCCUGUCGUCACGCGAGCCACGAGAUAGACGCGGGCGCAUCGCGGGCCGCGGUGUGCAAAUGGCGGGUGUUAUAUUCGGCCCGGGCGGCUGGCCAGGGUACGAAGGCGUCAACAGCGUGGAGCAGGAAGACGCGCCAGACGCCGAGGAGUAUUCGACAGGUGACGACUACGAGAGCGACGAGGACAUGUUCAGAGGCAGUCAUAGCCUCCGGCCAUCGACCGAGCUCGAGCACGCACUGUCAUCCCAUGCACACUCGGAGGCGUUCAACCGCGCCGAUGGACGUGCGUGGCGCACCGGUACGGAUCUCCUUGACGAAGAUGGGGACACCAAUGGCACGAACGAGGGCGGCGAGACGCCCCGCCUGGGUGGGAUGGAGAGUGCCGCGCCGCGGUUCGCGCUCGCGAUGAAUGCGUUGAGGCACCGCCCGUCGUUCGAGACGCGGCCAUCGUACGAGAGCCGGCCGAGCCUCGAGUCGCGCUCGAGCGACGGCGGGGCGCGCAACAGCUUCGACAGCAGCUCGCUCUCUUCUGCGCGCCUCAGUCUCGACAGGGACAGGGAACGCGAGUACGCGUUCACGGACAGCGCGCCGAACUCGGCGAAUUCGGCCAAUUGGUCGGCGAGUAGGACUGCGCGGCCGAGUCUGGAUGUACCACGGCGCAGUCUGGAUACGGAGUGGGAUCGGGAUAGAGACAAUGCGCCGCGCUCUGCGAACUCGUUCGGCUCUGGUACUGCCUCGGGAUCCGGGCGGACGACCGCGCGCCCGAGCCUUGACGUGCCGCGCCGUAGCCUCGACGCUGCACUUGACCGACCCAACCUCACUAUUAAUAACAGUGGCAGCCGAAGCCCCCGCCGGAGUGCGGACAUGCUGCGCAGACCCAGCCCGAGCCCGAGCCCCGGACCCGGACCUAGCCCCACCCGACCAAGCAUCGACACCCGCCGCCCGUCGGCUACAGCUGCGAACACCGAGUCGAUCUCACCCCGUCCCUCGCCGAUCGACGAGCGCCGGCACGGCCGUCCGAGUCUGGACGUGCUGCAGCCUGGAUUGCCGCCGCCGCCGCCGCCGAAGGACUCGAACUCGAGCGCGAGUCUGAGAGAGGAGCGGAGGCGGAGCCGUACGGAGGACGUGCGUAGGCCAAGCUUGGAUGCGCGGCCGAAUUUGGGGCAUGAGAGGCACGAGAGGGGGCACGAGCGUGCGAGGACGGCGGAUGGGCUUUUGAACGAGGAGGACGGGAUGGAUUGGGAUAGUGCGCAGGUGGGUUCGUCUGGCUCUGUUUCUGGUUCGGCUUCCGUGUGAGUGUGGGCGGUGCUGAUGGGUGUGGCGCGAC